AAGGUCUUAGGGUCAUGGCAAAGAAAAAUAAGGUAGCUAAAAACCAAACCAAGAAGAAAUCUGAUAAUGGCCAGAAAAUCAAUCCUUUUGAGGUAUACCACAAGAAGAACAAGCACUCAGUGUUGGGGGUUAAAGAAAAGCGCAUCUCUGGAAUGCCCGGGGUAUCUAGAUCUAGAGCUAAUGUCAAGCGAAACCAAACAUUAGGUGUGGAGUACAAAAAGCGCCACAAGAAGAACGCGUUUGUGGACGAACGGUUCGGAGCAGAGGACUCCAUGAUGAGUGCAGAGGACAAGAUGAUGGCACGAUUCACUGUGGAACGACAGAAACAUCACAGUAAACAGAGGUUUAACCUUGAGGAAGAUGUGCUCACUCACAAGGGACAAAGUGUGGACCAGAUUGAGGAGUUUGAUGACAUUUACAGUUCCGGAGAUGAGAAUGAACGUGGUCCACCGGAUACUACAACUGACAUGCACUUUGGUGGAUUUCUUACGAAGAACGAGGGAGGCACCACCAAACAUCUGUCAAGUAAAGAUGUAAUGGAUGAAAUAGUAGCUAAAUCUAAAAUGCAGAAGAUGGAAAGACAGAAGUUGAAAGAAGAGGCAAAUGAAGAGACAACUCAGUUGGACAAGGAUUGGACAGCAAUUCACAGCUUAUUGGUACCUAAACUCAAACCCAUCGUCAACAAUGCUCCGAGGGACACUUAUGAUAGAGAUGUCAAAUCGCUCAUGUUUGAAGCAAAAGCUAAACCAACAGACAGACUGAAGGGAGACGAGGAACUUGCAAAGGAACGGCGGGAUUUGUUGGAAAAGUUGGAAACCCAACGUCUACAAAGGAUGAAGAAGGGACCGGACGAGACCUCUGAUCAUUCAGCAGAUGCCCUGCUCACACGGAAAGUAAAGCGGAAAUCAGACAAAGUUCUGAUAUCUUAUGAUGAAGAAGGAAAAAUGAACAAGAACGAAGAAUUCGAAAAGGCUCUUGAUAGUUUGAAGAAUAAGAAUAGGGAAGAGGAUGACAAUGAGAGCGAUGAUGAGGAAGAAGGAUCCAGUGAAUAUGACGAAGAUGGAGAAGACGGAGAAGAAGAUAGUGGAGAAGAAGAAAGUGAAGAAGAGAGUGAUGAACAGUUAGGUGAUGAGAAUGAGGAGGACCAGGCUGAUCUACCCUUGAUAGAGGACGAGAUUGACGACGCUGACGGCAACUGCGUGAUUGAAGACAUAGAAGUCGAGGAGGAUGAGACAGAGGAACCACCCCAGACAGACCACAAGGAUUUGGUUCUGGAGAUGACAGCCGACAUUCCUUUCGUUAUAGACUCUCCUGAACAUCUUACAGAGUUAAAUGCAUUGGUGUCUGGACAGAGCGACUCUAACGUGGAGGCAAUUAUUAAGAGAAUCGUAGCUUCAAACCAUCCGACCUUGAAAGAGGAGAACAAGGCUAAAACCGCUACGUUUUAUGUCGUGCUUAUUAAGUAUCUUGUCAGCAAAUAUGGGGAGGGUAAACUUUCAAAGAAUGUUCUGGACGUAUCUUGUAAAGCACUGUUUUCAGUUACCAAGCAUGUUCAGAAAGAGAUUUAUAAGCAUUUCUUCGAUGUUUUGAAUUCACUGAAGCAUCUCGUCGCGAAAAACACUGGCAAAUCUUUGAGUGCAGUCUUCAGCAAGCGUUAUGUUAUCUAUCUGUACAUUCUACAGAGAAUUUACCCAGUAACGGACUACAAACAUCCAGUAUUAACGCCAGUACUCAUGUCAAUAAACUGGGCCCUCUCAGCCUGUUCUGUCAAGAAAUUGACGGAUUUGAAAGUAGGUGUGUUUUUGUGUGGCUUUGUGUUGCAGUGCUCUAAAGGAAGGUAUUCUCCAGAGGUCAUCUACUUUCUGACUCAAGUUUUAAGAUGUUUGGCUACAGCGACCUCUGCAAAAAGCCAGGAAUAUGUCAGCAAUUUCAAGAUCAGGCCAGAUGGCUUGGCUGACAACACAAAACCGGGAAAGUUGUCGAUCAGUCAGUUAUAUGACAAUCAUACCUCGAAAUCAGAUGUCAUAUAUGCUUUGUUAAUGAUCACAAGGACUGCAAUGCGAAACGCUAACGACUUCACUGGGUUCAGCGGAGUAUUUCAUCCUCUUGUAGAAUCCCUGAAACAUGUGCAGGCUGAACAGUGGCACACUGAUAUCCAGUCCUUCAUCACAUCUCUCACUGCUUCAUACGACCAAUACUCUCAGAAAAUAAUGCCUUUCCUACGGUAUCAAAACAUUAAGCCCGUUUCAAUCAAAAUGUACGAACCUAAAUUCGGAGAUGUCUUUGUGAGAGACAGGAAGGACAAGGAUGAGACCAAAUAUUUGAAGAAGAAGAUUAAGACUGAGAUGAAGGGAGCUAUCCGCGAGAUUAGAAAGGAUAACAAGUUUAUCAGCCGUGUGAAACACAAGGAGCAAGAGAGUUCUGAUAAGGCGAGGAAACGUAAGGUCAACGAAAUUAUGGGCUUCUUGAGCAAGGAGCAGGGAGAGGCCAAUGAUUUGAAAUACAGAAAGAAGAGGGGACAGAUUUAGGAUUCUUUUAUUUUUAACUGGGUAACUUAUUCUUAACUGUUAUCUUCAAUUGAUUUUAUCGCAAUAAUUUAUUGACUCAACAGAUUGUUUUACACUAUGAUACCAUGUUUAUGAUUAAUUUAAAUUCGA